AGUUGGUCGAACAAACAUCGUGGAAUAAAGAGGCCUCCCUGCCAAUUGCUGCCUGGACUAUAAUUCGGUACGUUGUACUUGUGCUAAAUACAUUUCGCUUUACGGAUUCACUCGGAUUUCAUUUCGUGUUCGACAGUGUUGCGCUAAUACUAAAGUCGUAUUAGUGCCAUAGACGCACGCCGGAUAUGUUUCAUUUCAUAACGUCUACUGUUAAAUAAAAUUAUUUCGCUGACUAUGCAAGAGUUUACAAUCGAAAGGCUGCCGGACCUUGUGCAACGUAUUCGAAAAGUGAUUGUGGUUUGUGAAUAUUAUGAACUCGGUUAUAAAAAUUCCGGGAAUAUUUUUUUUUCACUAUUGUAUAAAUUCAACCGCUAUUUUAUAAAUAUUUUUAUCAUUGAGAUACUUGGGUAUUUUAUAACAAGAAUUGCGUAUAUUUGACCACAAUCAUUCUAUGAUUAUCUGGACCAACUGAAUUGUACUCAAAGGCAGCUUUGGUGCAGGCAUAUUUAAACAGCCACUGUGAUUUCAACACCAUGGACAACUGGAUUGAUACGAUUGAAAUAUUUGGAAAGCAUUCAAAGUAUGAACAACUUAGAGAUUUAGCAAACGUAGUCAUUUUUAUGAUCACAGAAAUUUUCAAAGAACUAUGAGAAAAUUCUCUUUGAGAAUCUUUCCAGAAACAUUUUACCAGGUCCUUUCAACUGCUGCUGCUCUGCACUCUGACUCCUUCACCAGGAAUCUUUCCAGAAACAUUUUACCAAGUCCUUUCAACUGCUGUCGCUCUGCACUCCGACUCCUUCACCAGGAAUCUUUCCAGAAACAUUUUACCAGGUCCUUUCAACUACUGCUGCUCUGCACACUGACUCCUUCACCAGGAAUCUUUCCAGAAACAUUUUACCAGAUUUUAUCAAUUCAACUAUCACUGCCCCUGAUGCUAAAAACAUCAUGAGUUUGGAGUACUCAUUCAUGUAAAUGAUUCGCAAGUGGUUUUUUUUUAAUAACUGCCUAUAAUUAUGCAUGAUUAACUUAACUCUUACUAAAUCACUAACACGACUAACCUCACUAACUUAAUCAGUUAUUAUAAAAACCACUUGCUGAGUUUUACAAUGAAUGUCUUGCUGAGGUUGCUUGAAAGACAGCGCUGAUUGAUUUAUCAGGGUAAACAACUUCAAGCCAAGUAGUCUUCAACUCUCAACUUACUCAAGACUUGUUCUCCAGCAAAAACAAUCGCUCGAACUACUAUAAUUAUGUCGUCCCAAGUAACUACCUCCGUCUUGUCGUCAGGGAAGGUG